AACACUCAUUUUAAAACAAUAUCAUAAUUAAUUUUAUAUAUAGGUACAUAUAGGUAUAUAUGCAUACAAGUAAAUUUUUUAUUAUUAAUAUGUGCGAAUGCAUAUCUGAUGCGACCGCCAACAAAAAUAUAAGCUCAAUAGAGUAAUUCGAAUGGGGUUUUCUUUUAAGCCUCUUUUUAAAAAGCCUGGCAAAAGAUUCCUCUUUGAUAUUACGCAAUUAUUAUAUUAUAACUAGCUGUACCCGGGGCGCGUUGCUAAGCCAACAACUAAAAUAAACUACACACAUAUUCAAUUCAUUCUAAACCAUUUUAUUGAUUUUGUUUAUUUCGAAAAAAUUGUGACAUUACAAAGUUUAGUUUCAAUUCGAUGCUUAUUGAAGUGCUGUGGGAUACACGAUCUGCCCUAUCACACAAUCCAUCGUAGCAAAUCUCCGAAUGUAAAUGUCCGCUCCGAAUCGGAGCAAUUUUUUAUCAUGUAACCCAUGUGAAUUCGAAAAAGUUGUUGCCAUACGCACAUUUUAAAUUUUGAAGUUUCGAAAUCAAAUGUUUUGCAAUAAAUUGAAAUUUCAAUAAAGACAAGCGUAAAUAAAUUUAAUUAGACUGGAAUAUAUAUUGGAAAAACAAAGCUUUUAAGUGUUAUGGAUUCUUCGUUGAUAUUUUCUAUAAUGUUGGUGGAGGCGGAAGGUGAAAGAAGUAGAUCGAAUAUGAAAAUUCAACGAAAAAUAUUAAGGGACGCAAGCAAUCCGCUCGAUGUCGAGGACACAAUGUAAGUAUAGGAAUAACUUCAUAACUUCAUAGGUUAACUUUAUUUUAUGAAACAGGUUUACUAAAAAUUACCGCUUGAAUAAGGCGGCGUUUUUGUACGUCUUAAGUGUCCUAGAUGGAAAUGCACGCUCAAUGAGGUCGUGCUCCAUCUCUUCGCUCCAGCGUUUGUCUUCCGUAUUACGUUUUUUUGCGGAGGGUGGGUACCAGCAUGGAGUGGGAAAGGACUUUGACAUUCACAUGGCUCAAUCCAUAUUUUGUGGCGUAUUAAAAGACGUGUUACACACUCUUCAAUGUCACCUAUGUCCUCAGUGGGUGAAUCUUGAUUUAAGCAACGAAGAAAAAAGACAAGCAAAGAUGGACUUUUAUCAAAAAUAUGGAUUUUCUGGUGCGAUUUUAUGUGUAGACGGAACACACAUUAAAGUUGUUGCGCCAGCUAAGGACAAAUUCCUGUAUUUUAAUCGUAAAGGGUACUAUAGCAUCAAUGCUAUGAUUGUAAGCCUUGCAAAAACUGAUAUUUCAAAUAUCUUUCUAUUUUUUUAUUUAUUGCAGAUAUGCGAUAAUAAAAUGAGAAUUCGCUACGAUGCUCAUAUUUGGAACGUAAGCAGCGCGCGAAAUUUUUUUGAAAAUAAAUACCUAAACGGCGAACGAAACACUUGGCUUUUGGGAGACGCUGGAUAUGCUCUAGAGCCAUGGUUAAUGCCACCUUUUCGUUCACCUACAACAGGAAGCGCCGAAGGAAACUACAAUAAAAUACAUGCAAAAGCCAGAAAUACUAUAGAAAGGACGAUAGGUAUAUUUAAGAACCGAUUCAGAUGCCUUCUGGGUGCUCGUGAGAUUUAUUAUGAACCCAUGAAGGUUUGCCAAAUAGUGAACGUUGCCGCAGCAUUGUACAAUAUUUGUAUCCAUUAUCGCGUGGUUGAUGAUUUUUCAGAAAAUGUUGAAGAAAACCAUUUUAAUCAAACGUAUGAACCUUCUCCUUCAACAUAUACUGAUGUAGCUAUUCGGAUAAGGGAAUCUAUAUCUUCAACAUUAACACGACUGUAAUAUUCAAUUAAAAAUAGCAAGACUUAUAUGUAUUAAUUCAU